GUUCUUUUGCUCAGUUGAUGUUUUAUAAGUUGACUAUAGUUCUGUUCAUUCUAUUAUAUAAUAUAUUCUUUAUUUCAUGUGAAUGAUGUAGGGUGAUGAAAAUGUGGAUUAUCUUUCUAGCAUUUGUGAAAACUUUGGUAUUCGACAUUUCCCACGCAUUAGCACCUCCAGAUUUCAUUAGUGAGUGGAUGCCAAUAAAAGCCUAUAAAUAUCCCGAAGUAGACAUUUUACACGGUUUAAAUGAACUACCUCUAAAGGUCGAAGUACAGGUCAAAGUGUUUGAUACGUUCUUGAAUAAACACAUGUUUUUCUUAGCAACCGGAUCUGCACAGAAAGGAAAUGAUAAUACUUUGCCGUUUGGAGGAGUUUUAUACCUAUAUGAUAAUGAAACAAUAAAGAUAUUGGCACCAGGACCAACAGAUUGUUUCCGACAAGAGUGUACAGGUUCACUUGUGUAUUUGGGGAAUAGCAGUAAAUUUCAUGGUAAUAGUUCAAUAUCUAGAUCGUUUUCAGAAGGAAAUGUGAGAGCAAGAGUUUGGAGAGCAUGCUCACUUCCGAGACCUCAGUUCAUCUCUGAUGAAAUUCCAAUGAGCUCAGGCACAUUCAAGUCUUUAACACAUGAGCAGAAACCAACGUGGGUUAUUGUAAGAGUACACAUUGAGCAAGGCUGGGUUUAUGAGGCACAAGGUAGCGUCUUUUAUGAAACAUCCAGUUGUCCGUUUGGAGGUGUCGUAUUUGCAUUUAAUGAUGUUGAAAUCCGAUUAUGGGUUCCAAAAAGAGGACCAGGACCGUCAAAAGCUAAUGGUGUUCCGUUUAAUGCUAUAAAUGGUUGGGGAGAAUCUGGUGAAUUCGGAUACAGCGAGACAGUUAGAGUGAGGGCAUUUGUAUGGAAUUUUAAAAGUUUUGACUACAAUCCAAUUGUCCUGGAGCAAACCUCGUACAUAACGAUUUCCAGUUUUAUAUCUGUUCCAGCUGGGUACUCAUUUCAAGAUAACUACAAAUUGCUUCUGUUUUCGACAAAAGCAGAAAGUGGAAAUAAUCAAGGGUACCAGUUCUAUCCAGCUGGUUCCUCCAUGACAGACGGGACAACCAACAGUACUAAUACAAAGUUUGGGUCAUUUGUUUAUGGCUUUACUGAUGACAAGAUUUACUACUGGGUACCAAAAGUCUCUCUAUCAGGAUGUGUUUUGUUACUGGGUGGUUUAUGGGGUUCACAGAAUCAACAACAAUGUCAGAGUAACAAUGCAAAUGACGUGGCACUGAUGAUAACGUUCAAUGUACUAGAAAAUCAAGAACCAGCAUGUGGAGUGUUUCCAUGCUUAGGUGCAUCAGACAGAGGACCAGAAUGCAACUGUACGGGAAGUGGAAAGGAAGGACAGUUCUGUGAUAACGAUGUAACAUGCCUAAAACCAAAAGAUCACAGGAAUGCCAACUUGGAACCACAUAAAGACCUGUAUAAUCACCAAGCAGAAGUUACAUUCUCUUGCAAAACAGGAUAUAAUAAUGUAUCAGGCUCAUCAGUUAGACAAUGCCAGGACGACAAAACAUGGAGUGGUGAACCAUAUCUGUGUGACCCUGUACCUUGCGGUGAACCAGAUAGUGGGACAUUUUCUACGAUAGUUAAUAUUUCUGGUAUAGUAUAUUCAAAAUCUGUAAACUACGAAUGCAUCACCGGAUACGGUCAUCAAUCUGGAAAUGAUAUUCGAUAUUGUCAACAGAACGGAACAUGGAGUGGAAGCGCAUUAGUAUGUGAAAAAAGCUGUUCAGAAGAACCAUUAUUAGAAGGCGUUACUCGUACAAAUAUUGGAAAUCUUAUCAACACCAAUGCGACAUUUGACUGUAUAGCCGGUUUUAUGUAUGUCGGUGGUGAUUUAACAAGACAAUGCGGCGUAAAUUUGACCUGGUCAGGAGAACCGUAUAAUUGUUCAAGAAUUUCCUGUGGAGUUCCUCCAAAUAUCACAAAAGGAUCUGUCGCCUUCACGUCUAUGGUGUUUGAGGCUGAAAGUGUGUACACGUGUGAUGUUGGCCAUAUCAUCUCUAACUCCGAUUUAAAUAAAGGGACUGCAAUCUGUGAUCAUACGGGUUUGUGGAAAGGUGUACUUCCAGAUUGUCAACUUGUCGAAUGUCAGGCCCCUGCUCUCAUAACUGAUGGCUCAUGGAAUACCAGUUCCAAGUACUUUUAUGGAAAUAUCAUAACUUACCAAUGUGACAGAGCCUUCGCCUUGAUUGGAAUAGAGAGUCGUACUUGUCAGGCAGACAAAACCUGGAGUGGUGUGCCGCCAACAUGUUCAGCUGUCACGUGUCAAAAUUUAAUAGUUCCAAAUGGAAAUGUGUUUGCUUCCAACUACAGUGUUGAUGGUUUUUUGGCAGUUUCAUGUAAUGACGGAUUUAUCUUGAAAGGUUCCAUUCCAAUAUUUUGCUUAGUAACAGGAGUUUGGAGUGGUGCUGACCCACACUGCAUAAACACGAGUACUUCAACAACAGGUGACGGCAGUAGUCAAAAUAACGGACAAACAGAUACCACCCAAAUGAAUCCAAAAGAUUUUAUAUACAAAGUUGACAAGAAAACAACUUCAUCGUAUAAAAGAAAGCUAGUAAGUGCUCCAGAUGACAGAACAUCAGCGAUAGUUGUUGGAUGGGUUGGUGUGGUUGUUUUAACUGUUGUUAUAGCUAUAAUAGCUUCUUUAGACUGCAUAAAUAUUUGUCAGAAAGCUGGAAGAAAGAAAAGAAAAAGAUCUGUGCGAGACACUAGUUCACUUGAUUCCAACAUUCCACAUGUUAUUGAAUGAGACAAAUGAAAAAAAAGGAUAAGCGUACACUCGGGACUCCUUCGGCCACAUAAAAGUGUUGUCUGAGGAAAUGCUUUCUUUGCAUUACUCACUAUAGAUAAAAAAAUUUCCUGUGCUAUCAAAUAGUAUGUUUUGCGAUUUUUAUAACCAUACUCAAGAAGUUUUCUCGUUUGAAUUGUUUUAUAUUUGUCAUUUCGGGGACUUUUAUGGCUUCUUAUGCGGUAUGGGUUUUUCUCAUUGCUGGAGUCCGUACGGUGACCUAUAGUUGCUAACUUCUACGUCAAUUGGUCUAAGGUGGAGUUGUCUCAUUGGCAAUCAUUCCACGUCUUCUUAUUUUCAUAAUUGAUACAUGUAAUGCAAAGAGGUUGCUGAAAGCAUAUAUUCCCCAACAGUUCAUAAACUGACCAGAAUCGGUAAAAUUUGGAAUUUUAUCUUUCAGCCCUGGGUAUCCCAAACUGAAAAAAAACUAUAUUAAAAACUAGAAAAAGGUCACUUUAUUCCGAAGAAAACCCAAUACACUCUUUUAAUUUAUUCUUAGCAAAAUCUAGGAAUUGUAUUUUUCUUCUUGUUGAAUACAAUGUAGGAGACUCAUCUGGAGAGUAAUUUGAUUUUCAUUUAACAAAUUAGAAUAACACUUUAUAAUUGCAUGCGUCCGAAGCGCUUUUCUGGAUUUACCUUCACCAGGAACUCUCAAAGACGAAUAUUUAAAAGCCAAGUAUGUAUAAGAACCAAAACAGUUUAAGAGCUGUAUGACCAAAAAAGAUCUUAAAUCAAUAGCCAAAUCCAUCUAAGGUCAAAUUGGCCUGGGGAGUUGGAACCUGCUAAAUGUGGUUUGUACAUAUUAUUUCUUCAAAAGAAAGACCUAUCGUUCUGGAAAAAAAAUAGUUAAAAAUAGGUUUAAAGACCACUGAACAUCUUAUUGUAGAGAGAUUUUUUAUUUUUAUUUGUCACUACAUUUACCGGUUUUAUCUGUUGGUGUUCAUGGAGUAAAUUUUGUGAGUUUCUGUUUCUGUUUUUCGAUUUGAUUUAUUUGUCCCAUUUGUGUCUCCUUCUCAAUUGUACGAAUUUGGUAUACAAGCUUAUUUGAAGAAUGCUAUUCUAAACAAAAGUGCCUUAUGCAUGGUUCAAGGGAUGGUACAUUUGAAUAGGUUGCUAUAUAGGAUCAUAUAGGACCAAUUUCCCUUGAAUUUCUUUCACUUUCAAGAUCAAAAUACUAAAUGGUCGAAACAUAUUGGAAUUUUAGUAUUGAAGACUCCAAAAAAUACACACAAAAGAUUUGACAAUAGUUUUACACAUCCAUUACAUCAAAAUGUUAUUCAGCUCAGUGCAUUAUUUUAGAAGACGACUUCGAUGCAAUGUUGCAAUUUUGCAUGUAACCAAAUUGAACUAAUUUGUAUCUGAAAGACAAAACAGCUUUACUUCCAACAGAGUUUGGUUAAUAAAGCCCAUCUCAUUCAUUUUUUCCCGAUUAUUACUAAAAUCUAACCAAAUUGAACUUUUUAGGCCAUAUCUUGGUGUAUUUGAAAUUUUGUUACUUCCUCAGAAAAUUGCUACAAUGCUGUUACAAAAUCUAAGUACACAUAUGAAACUGUAAUACUAUGAAUGUUUGUGUAGAUAAGAAGAUAUUUUUUAAAUGACCUUAGCGUGAAAAAUUAAAAAAGCCCUACCUCUUCUAAUCGUACAGCAUCUUUAUAUAUAUUAACUAUGUGUGAAAGGUGUCUCUGUAAGAAUUGUACAUCAUUAUAACAGUGUUUUGAAUUUAAAGUGUUGCAGGUGUGCUUUGUGUCAGUAUUUUAUAGAGCUAUUUUACCUUGAAUUUCUACAAAAUGUUAGCAAAAUGUGUACCUUUAAUUUUUGUGUUGACAAAUAAGAGUUGUAUGAAAACUACUUAAGUGACAGAUGAAGCCUCUGAAGAACAGGUAGUUUAAAAAGAUUGUUAUUGUUUUUGGUACAUUAACUUUAAAGUUUAUUUUUUUGUAAAUCUAGUGUUAUCUUUGUUUUUAUAUUGAUUGAAAUAAAUCUUCUUAUUAAAUUUUAA